AUGGACGUUGAGGAGAGGAGGAUUCAUCUUGUGAAAGCUGAGACUGCUCGAGCAUUCAUCCCUAAGGAGUUUCGAUUAGUUGAAGCUUUCGGAUACACUCUUGGCGGGUUUUUCCUCGCUAGCUACGAUGAUAGCCCCGCUGGUGUCUUUGAUGAGCUUGUCGUAAUUGCAGGGAUUGUAUGGAACCCUCCUACAUCAUGCGCAUGGGCCGCUAGGGUGCUUGUAAACAGCGAUGAGGCUUGUGAUCACGGGCGGAAGGAAGUAGGUCUCCCAAGCCAAGUUGCAAGAUUUUCAAAGAAAAUCACUGCAGUACCAAAGCAAAAAAGGGACAGAGCUUUUGGUUUCUUGGACACAGUUGGGUUAGGAACUACUCCAUCUCAUCCUAAGGAUUUGGUGGAGGUUAAGGUUAGUGAAGUUGAUGGUGCUGCUUCUGCAGAUAUCUGCAAGAUCCAAAUCAGAUCAGACGAAUCGGAGACUAAACUCAGAAACUGGAUGGGACCAGCAAUCAAAAUGUCGCUUCCGAGUUUUAGUGGCAAUACAAAGUACUACACAAACCUGCUCAAGUACUCAUGCCACCUCAACUGCAGGGUGAGGCCAGUGAGACCUGCGGUUAUAUCCGGGACUUUGGAUGAUGAGGCAGAGAAUUUUUCAGAACGAGACCAUACAUCGCAAGACUUGCUUGAAAAUGAAAGGCAGUUAAGCAUAGCCGUGAUGCUAUCGAAACCAAUCAUAGCUCUUCAAUUUAAAUGCUUAACAAUGCAAGUCGAAGCUCCUGCUGUACUUAACCCUUCAAUAUAA